AUGUGGCUGCCACAGGUGGAGAAAGUGGUGCUCUUCUUUUUGUCCAAGCAGGGCGAGCUAGCGCAGCUCCUCCUCGAUGCCAGGCAGCUGCGGCCGUCGCAAAAGGGCGGCAACAGUGCUGGCAACAGCGGCAACGCGUUCUUUAUUGGCAACGGAGCAGGGGGGGAUGCUGCUACUGGCGGGAUUAUAGCUCGGGAGACGGACAGGCACGCGAUCUACUGCAGCAUCGGCACGCAGAUAGCGGAGCUCAUGCGAUUCCUGCAGCUGAACGUGUCGGGCUUGCGUAAGAUUCUAAAGAAGCACGACAAGCAGGUGAGGGACAAGCUUAUAGCCAAGAACUACCUCAGCACCCGGGCGAACGAGAAGUACUCGUCGAUGCGGCAGCUGUACAACAACGCCGGAGUCAUGGCACUUGUCGCAAGCCUCCGCAACGCUUUCGAAGUGGACGAGGGAGAGCAGAUCCGCGUCCACCGAGGAUCCGUGGACGAGGAGAGGGGGCUGCUGUCGGCGAGGGCGGAGGACAGAACGUUGUCGGAAGUUUCUUGCACGGAGGGUGUUUUGGUGGAGAUCGCCAACCAGCAGAGAGCAUUGGCUGAGGCCCAGUACCUGACCACCUCGAAGUACCUCAGCCUUCAAGUACUGCUGGAUGGAUCUGGACUGUCUUCCGUCGACGAGGGAAGCGAGCAGGAAUCUACGCACCGAGAGCUACACCGACCCAGCGCCUACAUCAACCUCGCGACCACCUUCCUGUACAUGACCAACUACUACAUCGUAGGACCAACGUCGGCUGAGUACGCCGCGGCGCUGGGAGGGUCCCCCGCCGUGUCCGGCCUGAUCAUCGGCAUGACUCCCAUCGCGGCCUGCUUCUCCUGCCUCCUCUAUUCCUGGUGGACUAACACCUCGUUCAGGGGCCCGCUGCUGCUGUGCAGCGCCAUGCUCAUCGUCGGCAACUUCCUGUACGGCUUGGCCCUAACGUACGAUGCCUUCUGGAUGGUUCUGGUGGGGAGGAUGCUAAUUGGCCUGGGUGGCGCACGUGGGGUGAACCGUCGGUACAUUGCCGACACCAUCCCGAUCGCAAGCCGGACCGCCUACUCGGCCGCAUUCGUGGCGGCCGGUGCCCUGGGCAUGGCCUUCGGGCCGGCGUUGUCGGCGGUUUUGAUCGCGGCCGACUUCACCCUGGCCGGCGUUCAGUUCAACGGGCUGACCAACCCGGGAUGGAUCAUGUUAGUCUUGUGGGUGAUCAUGGGCGCCCUCAUCCAGUACGAGUUUCAGGAGCCGCCGCAGUACACGAGCGGCAACUCCGACCUAGGGUCCGACGAGCUCGACCGCUCCGCCAGCAACACGCCGACCCGCAACCGCCUGCUGACGAAGCGAGCGGCGGUGGCGGCGGCGGACGAGAGCGGCAAGCUCACCGCGGCCACCGGGGGCAGUGCCGGCGCUUACGGCUCGACGGCGGCGGGUGCGGCGGGCUUGAACAACGGGGACCAGCAGGAGAAGCUCUUGGAGGGGGGGGGGGGAGGGGGCGCCCCCGCGAACACCCGUAUCGCUACUGCAUCUCCCCCCCCCCCCGGACUCUCCGCCACGUCCAACAAGAAUGCCCAAUUUCCGAUUGCUGCUGGCUGUUUCUUUCCCCGCUGUCUUUUUGCUUUGCCUGCGGUGGUGACCCUUGGUGGACUGUUUUUGUCGGACUACCACUCCUCGUUCGAGAAGAUGGUGGUCUCUUCGGCGCCCGUGCUGACGCAGUAUAGGUUUGACUGGUCCGUGCGGGAGGUGGGGAUGCUGAUGGCGGUGCUCGGGAUGGUGGUGCUGCCGGUGAACGCGCUCGUGGGCCGGAUGAGCAUGUCCUGCGAGGACAGGGUUAUGCUCCAGGUGCUGGCGGUGUUCGCCGGCAUCGGCUGCCUCGUGAUCGUGGACUUUUCCAUGUCGCCGUUCCGGUACACGGAGGGGCAGUACGUCGCAGGGGUCAGCCUUGCGUUCGUGGCGAUGCAGGCUCAUGAGGGGGUGAUCAUGUCGAUCACGUCGAAGAUCAUUCCCGCAGAGCUGGCCAAGGGCACGUGGAACUCGGGGUUCCUUGCAACCGAGGCGGGCACGUUCGGGAGGUUCGUAGGGGACGCGCUCAUCACGGUGCUCGGCGUCAUGACCCUGUCGUCGCUGGACUUCCUGCUCUUCUUCCCGUCGGUGUUCUUGGUGAUUGUGAUGAUGGGAGGCUUCUGGUUGGUAUACCCUUUCCUGCAGGGGCAUUAAAAAAGAAACAGAAAAGAAAAAAGGGGUUUUCUGUGGGGUUGUUUGCAGUGUAGUGCACGCAACGCAAUCAUACCGAGGCUUCACUGGAGUAGCAAGAGGGGGAGAAUGAGAAGGAGACGCGUACACACACAACACACACGAAAGAGGGGGUGGAGUGAGAGAGAGAGAGAGAGAGAAAGGGCGAGAUAGCGAGGAAGGAAGAAACAGAGAGGGAAAAAGAGCGUGACGGAGCGCGAAGACUCCCUCUUCGCUGUCCUCUGCUGCUGCUGCUGCUGCUGCUGUUUGCGUUCUCUCUCACGUGGUUUUGAUCGCUUUGGUGUAUCUACAUGUAUGUCGAGCGUCUCAAGCCCAUCGAUCCGCCAAAUCAUGUCCAUAUUGCUUUGCUGGCGCACCAUCCUUGAGCAGUGCUCGUUCUCGUUCGUGUUGCCGGCCUUGGUGCUGUAGUCAUCGUCUUCGUCGUCGCUGCUGUUGUCGUAGUUCUUUUUGUGUUUUUUUUUUGCUGUCCGGUCGUGUGCAUCGGUUUAUUUUGUUUUUGGUUGGGUUUUGAAGUGUUCUUCUAUUCUUCUGGUAGCCAUGGGUAAGAGCCCUUCCGUGUUUUUAUGGGUGCGAUAGGAAAGGGCCUGAUCGGAAUUGCCCUCUGCACCUUUUCAUUCUGGAUCAAGGUUCAGAGGUCGGUCGUUUGUCUGGUGUUGCCGGCGCCUCAAUUUCGCUUGAUUGACCGCUCCCCGACUGGUCGCACAAGGUCCAUGGUUGGGCGCGUAGAAUCAGUGGCGUCGGUAUCAGCGUCGGAAUCCGGGACCUUUUCCUGUGGGUAGUAUGGAGUAGGAAGAAUCAAGGGCAUUCGUGAUCGAUAUUUUGGUAAGGGGGGGCUUUUUAUCUGGGAAUACAGAACGCAGUACGGGUUCUCUUACGUCCCCCGACCUGAUCCAUGUUUUAUUUACCACAUACUUCGUACCUUUUCGUGUAGUAAACUUGUGCCGUUUACCACGAACCCCCUACAGUAGAAUCGUGCGGUUUGGUGAGUGCUAGAACCGUUCCGUGAAGUACCCAUCCGGCCCGCGCCACUUUUCCUGGUUUAUCCUUUUUUGGUCUUACGGUGUCCCUUGGUGUUUGAGGGGGGAGGGGGGGGGUUACUCCUUGUAUGGUUUCAUUUUUUUUUUUUUUCAAUGAAGAAUGGCUGGAUGAAGUGAGAGGUGGCAUCGGGUUGCUCCCGACGUGGUGUUGGUUUGGUGCAUGGAUCAUAUACUAGUAGUUAGAACCAUUUUUUCAUGCAUAGCGGGGCCCAUGGGUGUGAGCACGCGGGUGCGCAGUAGUAGAUAGAUGAAGGGACCAAGAGGGAGCGAGCGAGCCCAGACGGUGUACGCGACUCUCUCGACGGUAUUAUUGUGCCGCGUUUGCCCCCCCCAUUUUAUUGUUGGACUAAAACCAAAUGCAUAUAUGUAUGUAGUUGUACUGGCAACGGGAAGCAUUGGUUGUUCGGUUGAUGCUUUUUUUUCUUUCUACCAAGGUGAGGGAUGUUUUUUGUGUGUCUCGUUAACGGGGACGGCGAUUGUAGACUUAAGUUGAGGCGUGAUUGUACCUUCUCGGUUUGUAUCGUUGUGCCCUUCGCGACGAAACGAGGCAACGACAAAAGCUCUCCUUUUUUUUAUAUGUUUCUUGAUAUGCAUAUGGCACAACAAACCCACGUCUGAUCCUUUUCUUAUCCGUGUUUUUUGUCUGUUGGGAGACAGCUCGUUCUUCGUUUGUGUUGUUUUUGAUAAGAGAAACUUGCUGCAGCACCACCCGCUUUGUUGUUACCGCACCAUGAUGUGUCGUUCAUUAGUUGGGCGUUUGCAAGCAAGCGUUUUUUUACGUGGUAACUUACACAGGUAGACGGGAGGAAGAAUCAGGCCCGCUGGUUUGCUCUCCUGUUCGUCUUGUGGUUUGUUUAGUGUUGGUUUGGUUGAGUUCUGAUUUUACUCGUACGGUGUGCCGCGUCGAGUAGAACAGACGACGUGGUCAAGCAAUGACAAAAACCUGCUGCCGCGUUAUUUUUUUGUGUUUUUUCUUGGAACAUGCCCUAGGAGGCUUGAUCUGUUCAUUGCGUGUUGUUUUCAUGUGUGCGCUGGAGAAAGAGGCCGCGGGCGAUAUAACCAGAACGGACCGUAGGCAGUAUUAUAUGCUCGUUUCUUUCGUGUGGAAUACUUCUACAUGGUGACAUCGCAUAAGUGCCCCAGACGCCAACUGUGUUGAAAGUCCCUUGAAAGUCAGGGAGUCAGCAGUCGAUCGAAAACACUGCCACAGCAGCGUAGAGGUAGAUAAAAACAACAUCUGAGAUGUUGUUUGUUCCUGUCGGCGCUGUUGUUUUUACAAGUGAGAAAAAACAAAUGUGGUAAAAAAGAGAAGAAGAGGUGAGAACGGCGCCUUUGCAAGCAUCUUAGUGUAGUAGGCUGUGUUGUGUGUUCGGCCACCAGUUAUACAUGGAGUUUUGUUGCCAAGAAAUAGUUGUAGCAGCGCAUGUCCCUCCAGAGCAGCACGCGCUUCGCCCUUCGAGUAUUAUGCGUAUCCCCCGGCUUGUGUUGGCGACUUGGGUCUGGUUUUUGCUCCCGAGCAGGAGCGCUCCACUACGUAGUAGAUCUGUAGCCUUACGUGUGACCCUGGCUUAAAAUGGCGGCGACGCGGCAAUGGCAACAGAACAGAGCCAUCAGUCAGUGUGUUGGAGGAUGCCGAGCGGUAGGUAUUGAUAGGUAGGUAUUGAUAGGUGUGGUCUAGAUAGAGUAAAACAUAUGCUAGAGCAGCAGCAGCAGCAGCACUGCUGCUGUUGUUUUUCACGGAACAAGCUGCUGACAGACGCCUACAAGCCAAAGGUGUACGUUGAGCAGAGAGAGGUGAAUAAUAAGACGAAAGAAGCCCGU